CCGAUAUUCUCCACCCAUAAUAGUGAUAUUUUUUGUGCAGAUGUUCUCCACCCAUUAAAGUGAUAUUUUUGUGCAGAUGUUCUCCAUCCGCAGUCUGCCCACAAUGGGGCACAGAGAGCAGAAUGAGCAGGAUGGGGUGGAAGACAUGACACAGCUGCAAGAGCUACAUGAGGGUUCUGUGCUGCUAAAUUUGAUGAAAAGAUUUGAACGGGAUUUGAUAUACACGUACAUCGGCAGCAUCCUGGUGUCCGUAAAUCCGUAUAAGAUGUUUAAUAUCUACGGAACCGACGUGGUGCUGCAGUACGAUGGACACACCCUGGGAGAGAACCCUCCUCACCUGUUUGCGAUUGCAAAUUUGUCUUACACUAGAAUGAAGGAUGCCAAACAGAACCAGUGCAUUAUUAUAAGUGGGGAGAGUGGCUCAGGCAAGACUGAAGCCACCAAGCUUGUCCUGCGAUAUUUAGCUGCUAUUCACCACAAGGGUGACAUUACGCAUCAGAUUCUUGAAGCAGCUCCCCUGUUAGAAUCAUUUGGGAAUGCCAAAACUGUCCGGAAUGACAACUCAAGUCGAUUUGGGAAAUAUGUGGAGAUCUUUUUGGAGGGGGGUGUGAUCAGUGGUGCCAUAACCUCACAGUAUCUCCUUGAGAAGUCCAGGAUUGUGUUUCAGGCCAAAGAUGAGAGAAACUAUCACAUCUUCUAUGAGAUGGUGGCAGGCCUCCCUUCCCAGCAGAGAGAGUCAUUCUACCUUCAGGAUGCGGAGACCUACUAUUACCUUAAUCAGGGGGGUAACUGUAGCAUCCCGGGGAAGAGCGAUGCCGAUGACUUCCUGCGGCUGCUCAGCGCCAUGGACAUCCUCCACUUCAGUGCCCAAGACCAGGACAGCAUCUUCAGGGUCCUGUCCUCCAUUCUGCACCUGGGGAAUGUGUUCUUCGAGAGAUACGAGGCGGACUCCCAGGAAAGGGCGUCGGUUGUGAGUGCUCGGGAGAUCCGGGUGGUGGCAGAGCUGCUCCAGAUCUCCCCUGAGGCUCUGCAGAAAUCCAUCACUUUCAAAGUCACGGAAGCAAUGAGAGAAAAGAUAUUCACCCCUCUUACUGUGGAAAGUGCUGUCGAUGCCAGAGAUGCAGUUGCCAAGAUCUUGUACUCCCUUCUGUUCAACUGGCUCAUCGACAGGAUCAACAGGCUGGUUUACCCGAAGAAUGAGGCCCUGUCGAUCUCCAUCCUGGAUAUUUAUGGGUUUGAGGACCUCACGUUAAACAGCUUCGAACAACUGUGCAUCAAUUAUGCCAAUGAGUAUCUCCAAUGCUUUUUCAAUAAGAUCAUUUUCAAGGAAGAACAGGAUGAAUACAACCGAGAGCAGAUCGCAUGGCAGGAAAUGCAGUUCAGUGACAACCAGGCCUGCAUUGAUCUCAUCGCAGCAAAGCCUCAUGGGAUACUUAAAAUCCUUGAUGACCAGAGCUUGUUCCCUCAGGCAACCGACCACACCUUCCUUCAAAAGUGUCAUUAUCACCAUGGCAACAACCCCCUUUACUCGAAGCCAAAGAUGCCCCUCCCCGAAUUCACCAUUAAGCACUAUGCAGGAAGAGUCACCUAUCAGGUCUACAAGUUUCUGGACAAAAAUUAUGAUCAGGUUCGCCAAGAAGUUCUUGAUCUCUUCGUUAACAGCAAAAACAAGAUGGUGGCCAAUCUCUUUGCGAACCACGCGGAGUUCCUCAGCCAGCAGAAGACCCACGCGAGGAAGAGCAGCACGGUGACGCGCCGCCAUCAGCCCUCCACCGCCGCCGCCAAGUUCCAGCAGUCCCUGCUGGAGCUGGUGGAGAAUAUGGAGAGGUGCAACCCAUUUUUUGUACGCUGCAUAAAGCCAAACAAUAAGAAGGAGCCCGGCAUAUUUGAUACGGAGCUUGUCAGCGCUCAGCUACAUUACUCUGGGAUUCUGGAAACCGUCCGUAUCCGAAAGGAGGGCUAUCCUGUCCGCAUUCCGUUUGAAAUUUUCCUGAACAGGUACAAGGCCCUGCUGGGCCUGAAGCAGCCUCCCCCACCAGAUGGAGAAAACUGCGUCAUCAUGCUGAGUAAAAUCUGCCCCCUCAAGAAGGGGGCUUACCAAGUGGGCGUCACAAAGAUCUUCAUUAAGGAGGAGGUGCACCAGCUGCUGGAGAGUAAGAGGGACAGGGUGAUGCACAUCGCUGCUCUCACGCUGCAGCGCUACACCCGCAUGUUCUUCGUCCACGCUCGUCAUGUUUCUCAUGUUUCCUAAAUUCUCCCCCUUCAUAUUUCUUGCAGGAAGCGUUAUGUGAAGAUGAGGGCAAGCCUGGUCAAGUUCCGCUCUCUCAUCCUAAUGUACAUCAACCGCAAGAGAUACAUCAGGCUGAAAUUUGAGGCAAGAAGACAAGAAGAAGAAGAAAGGAUGAGAAGAGAAAUGGAGUUAAGCAGGAGAGAAGUGAUCAAUGUGACACACCUGGUCAUUCCUGCAGACCUGGGUGCAUUACUGCAGGCUAUAGCAGGGGGCACUGAGCUGCACUCAGACUGCCUGGCCUUGGUCCAAGCCCCCAGCAUACAGCUGGGCCCGCAGCUCACUCUGCCACUGGACAUCAACAACUUCCCCAUGUCAAAAUACGUCCAAAUCCAUUUCAGGGAGCCUAAAUUCGGGAUGCUUACUGCCCCCCUGGAGAUGCCACUGACCCGUGUGGAGGAGAAUUUGAGACAGGAAGCUCUCAGUGCGUUCAUAAUGGUGUUGAGGUUCAUGGGUGACCCCCACCUGAACGGGGCCCAGGAGAACCUCUUUGGGAACUACAUCAUUCAGAAAGGGCUGUCUGCCCCGGGUCUAAGGGACGAGAUCCUCUCUCAAAUAGCCAAUCAGGUGUGGAGGAACAGCAACCCCAUGAACGCGGAGAGGGGCUGGCUCCUGCUGCUGGGGUGCAUCAGCGCCUUCGCCCCGUCCGCCAAGAUGGAGAAGUACCUCCUGAAGUUUGUGUCGGAUUACGGCUGCGAUGGCUACCAGGCCAUGUGCCAGCACAGACUCAUCCAAGCCAUGCAGAAAUCCCAGCAUGGUCCCGAGACCGCCCGGACCUAUCCGCUGUCUCUGCUGGAGUGGACGGCCAAUCGGAAAAAAGCAAGCAUGGUGCUCCAAGUGCACUGCUUUGACGGGACUUCCUUCCUGUGUCCUGUGCACUCCUGGACCAGCGGAGAGGACCUUGCUGGAGACGUGCUGCAGCACAGGGGCGUGUCGGAGGGCUGGAGGGGCUGUUCCGUUUUCAUGAAGGAGCACGGUCAGUGGGCGGAGCUAGCGGGACAUGAUUAUGUCAUGGACCUUAUCUCUGACCUGGAGCUGAUUGCCAACUUCCCCAGGCAGAAGUCCUACUUCGUCCUCUCCUCUGAGGGGCCGUCCCGGACCAGGCCCAACGCCGGCCUAGCUAUGCUUGGGAGUGGGUUUGAGUCAGAUGAGGAUAGUCCCCUCUCCUAUGCUGGGAGACACCAGACCCUGCCCAGCUCCAGUCUGCCUGAUUCAGAUGGGUACUUCAGCCACGAGUCAGACAGCCUGAGCGAGGCCCCUACCCAGAAGGGCAUGGACCGCUAUCUGGACAGCCUGUUUGACCCGGUGCUCUCCGAUGGCAGUGGGGAUCGGGAGAAAGCCGCCAGCGUGUCCGGCAGGAUGAAGGGAGCCGGGGGCAUCGGAGCGGACGGCCGAGAGCGGGGGUGGGCCGGGCCCAGCGGGUCCCACCCCCAGGCGCCGAUGCCGGGAGCUGUGCAGGUACUGCCUGUAAUGGGAGGCAGAAUGCCAGGAAUGCCAGCAGCUUCAACAGCCUCCAGUACGCCCAGCCCACCCGAUGCAUCUGCUACGCCUGCCACGCCCGUUGCAUCCGCUACGUCCAUCACCCCCACUACACCUGGUAUGCCUGCCACAACAGGAAUGGCAGGAAUGCCCGCUGUACCAGGAAUGCCCAUUGUGCCAGGAAUGCCGGGAAUGCCAGCUGUACCAGGAAUGCCCGCUGUUCCAGGGUCAGAGCAGAGUGUGAUGGAUCAGCAGCAGCAAGCUCUCAUCAACCAACAAGCCAUUAUUCUGGCACAGCAGAUGACCAUGCAGGCUUUGGCCCUGCAGCACCAGAUGUACCCCCCAGUCGGACUCCCCCCGGGGCCCCCCAUGGCCAACCCCUAUGCCAGCUCCUACGCCAGCCCCCAGUUCCAGCACUACCCGCCUGUGGCCACAGCCCCUCUGCCCCGAGCCACAACCAAACCUAUUAGUAGUUACUCCUACGAACCACCAGCGCCUACAUCUUAUGUGCACAAGGACCAGUCUGGAUACCAGAGAGGCCCAACCCGCUCAGCCCCUCCUGAGGAUGUGGUGAAAUCCUCUGUCUCAAACUCAGAGUACAUCGAGCCCAGCCAGAACAUCAAGCACAUCAUCAAACAGUACCAGCCUUCUGUUGCAGUGCAGCCCGUAGAAAUCCACAGGAAGGAACCCAAAGUGUUCGCAAAGAAGCCAGAUCCUCAUGAUGAGGCCAUGACAAUCCUGAAGGGACAGAUGAGUUCUCAGCCUCCACAGAAAAAAAAGCCCCCCACCUCCUCCGCCCCCCCUGCCCUGCCCAAGGAACAUAAGGAGGAAGCCAGAGCCAGUAGACCAGCCAAGAGCAUCAAGGUGAAGUCCCAGCCCCCCAUGCCUGCCAACUCCCAGAGGGCCCCAUUCCCGGCACCAGUGUCCAGGGAGCUCCCGAUAGAGGAGGAGUCCAUUCAGACGGAGCUCCACAGGAGGGCCAGCGAGGAGCACUAUACGUACACCAAUGUGCCCUGGAAGAUCUACCUCAGGAAGGAGGUUUUCUACCCAAAAGACAGCUUUAACAAUCCUCUGGUUCUGGACCUCAUAUUCAGACAGAUUGUCCACGACACAUUUUCAGAGGCCUGUAUUCGUAUCACCACGGAUGAAAGACAGAAAAUGAAAAAGCUGUUUGUGGAGAAUCAGAUUGAGCAGAACUCUGCUACUCAGGAUGAGGGAGUGAAGAAGAAGGUCGUUUCUGCUGCCAGGGACUCCUGGGAGAUUUAUUUCUCUCGUCUCUUCCCCGCCUCGGGCAGUGUGGGUACUGGGGUGCAGGUCCUGGCUGUGUCACACAGAGGAAUUAAGCUGCUGAAGAUGGUGAAGAGCAGCUCCUCAGAUGCAGAUUACUUCAGGGUCCUGCGGCCCUACAGCUAUGCAGACAUCAUGUUUGUUACAAUCCCUUCCAAGAACAUGCUGGAGUUCAAUCUGACCAAUGAGAAGCUUAUCCUGUUUUCCGCCAAAGCGCCACAGGUGAAGACAAUGAUCGACUUCUUCAUCACCGAGCUGAAGAGGGACUCAGACUAUGUGGUCGCGGUGAGGAAUUACAUCACAGACGACAGGACUCUGUUGAGCUUCCACAAGGGUGACAUCAUUCGCUUGCAGACCAUGGAGGGUCUGGAGGAAGGACAGCACUAUGGCUGCAUUGUUAGAAAGAAGGUGAUGCUCCUGGAGGACUUGCGAAAAGACACAUUAGACUUUGGCUGGAAGUUUGGGGCCAUUCACGGCCGUUCAGGAGUCUUCCCCGCCGAGUUCGUCCAGCCCGUUGCCCCGCCCGACUUUGUCAACCUCCCCGUGGACAGGAAGGAGGAGUCAAAGAGCAAGCAGGGUCAGGUCGCCGCGUCCGCUGCGGUUGCUGUGGCGAUGGCUUCCACUGUGGCGGCCCACGAGUUGGACCGGUCCACUGAGGUGGCGCCAGCUGGCAGUGAAUACGCAGAUGACUUUAGUAAUAUGGAGGUGGAUGAGAGGAUUCUGCAGGACCCCCAGUACAACAUGGUGGAAUUUGCCAAGAAAUACUUCAGAGAGGCAGUGAGAAAAAACAGUGAUUCAUAUAAACACAAGUCAAAGAAAGGAAACCCUAGGGAACCUGCUGAUAUGGUAAAGUUUUCUAAGUCACCCAUUCAGGAGUCUCUAAUAGAUUUCACUGAUGACGCCAUGAGCAAAGUGGCAGCGGACAUUUUCCUGGCUAUAAUGAAGUUCAUGGGAGACUACCCUCUGAAAGGGCAAACAGAGCAAGAUGUAGUCUGCACCAUCCUGAGGCUCAGUGGGAAGCAUGGACUAAUGAAGGAUGAAGCUUACUGCCAGGUCCUCAAGCAGAUCACCGCCAACACCAGCUCCAAAACGGACAGCUGUCAGAGGGGCUGGAGGCUGCUCUACAUCCUGACCGCUUACUACCGCUGCUCCGAGGUGCUCAAGCCCUUCCUGUUCAAGUUCCUGCAGGACGUCUGCCGGACCCCUGGGGUGCACUACCAAGGGAUCGCUAAGGCUUGUGAGCAGAAUCUGAGGAAGACCUUCAAGUACGGUGGGCGGGUGGAGUUCCCCACCAGUAUGGAGCUGAAGGCGAUGGUGGCCGGCCGCAGUUCCAAGCGCCAGCUCUUUCUCCUGCCGGGCGGGAUCGAGCGACAUCUCAAAAUCAAAACCUGCUCGAUUUCUCUGGACGUGAUUGAGGAGCUUUCGUACGAGAUGGGCCUGUACAGACCAGAGGCCAUGGAUGAGUACGCCAUCUUUGUGGUCACAAACAGAGGCCAGAACGUCCGGCCCCUGACCAAGCGGGAGUACAUCCUGGACAUCGCCACCGAGGCCGAGCCCAUCGACAGCAACUACAGCUUCUGGUUCCGGAGGGUGAUCUGGGCCCAGCCGCUCAAGUUUGACAACGAGCUUUACGUCACCAUGCACUACAACCAGGUUGUGCCGGACUACCUGAAGGCUCUGCUGACUGUCCUGCCCCAGGGAAAGAUGAGCGAUCAGCACUUCCAGCAGCUCUCCAAGCUGGCUGCCCUGCAGCACCGCACCAAAGACAGCAUCUACCUCCCCACUGUCCGGGAGGUGCAGGACUACGUCCCUCCACAGCUGUACGGCCAGCAGCGUCCACAGCAUUGGCUCAACACGGUGACCCAACACAUGCAGCAGGUCCAGGUCCUGAGCCCUCACCAGGCCAGAGCACAGUUCCUGGGUCUGGUCAGUGCCUUCCCCAUGUUUGGCUCCUCCUUCUUCUACAUCCAGAGCAGCAGUAACAGCGCCAUCUUGGCUCCUUGCGUUCUGGCCGUCAAUCAGAACGGGCUCAACUUCCUCAGCAAAGAUACUCACGAGGUGAUAGUGAAGUUCCCUCUGAAGGAGGUGCAGUCCACACGCACACAGAGGCCCACCGCUGGCUCCAGUUUCCCUUACGUGGAGAUCAUGCUGGGGGACCUGCUAUCCCAGCGCAUCACCCAGCUCCAGCUGGAGCAGGGACUGGAGCUGUGCCGAGUCAUCGCCAUGCACAUGGAGAACAUGCUCUCAGUGCGAGAGAAGAGACUGACCCUGCCCCCCAGCGAGAUCACCCUGCUGUAACCCUGCCCCCCCCCCCCCCGCACAAUCAACCGGCUCUAACCCUGACCUCCCAAGCCCCCCAGCGAAAUCACCCUACUCUAGCCCUGCCCUGUCCUGCACCCUUUCUAACCCUAGCAAAAUCACCCUGCUGUAACCCUGAGCCCCCCCCAACCCCCCCAGAGAACUCACACUGGUAACAUAACCCAGCUCUAACAGAACUUCAUCCUUCCAGCAAUCUGUCAACCCCACAAACACUCCAUACUGAAUGCUCCUGCUUUGGACAGAUUAGCUUCCACAUUCCUACAUGGCCAUAACAUGUAUUCAUUUUCUUUACUCUGCCACUAUUUAAAUUAACUUCAGAAUGACCUUCCCAACAUCUUCAAAUGUUUAAGUCCUUCCAAACCUUCGACCACUUUAUUUCAGAAAAAUAAUUUAAAAAAUAUUUACAAAUAACUGCUGUUCAGUCACAUGACUUGAGUGUUAGUACACACUGUAAAAUGGUCGCAGUUAAGUCAACUCUUAUAGAGUAUAGUUUAUUCCAAGAGUAUACUUGAUCCCUAAUGUACUCCCAAUGAACUGUUAGAGAUUCAUUAAAAAAAUAAUUUUUCUGUGUGAAUACUCUUAAUUGUGCAAAUGAAAUGAAUCUAAAUCCUGAAUACUGAAAUAAAGACGGAUAGCUGUUUAUACAUGCAGAGUAGGGUAUGUAUAACUGUGCUCAUACUACUGUAUGUACCAGUGAGUCACAUUCAGCACAAGUCUGCCAUGUUUCUACUCACAAAACAAAACAGCAUUCAGUCUGUGUCUGAAUAAUCUGUAUAAUGAAAGAAUAUUUUCUUAAGUUAACGUGUACUGUUUAUAUGUACAAUAAGUGCAUGAGUUAUGCACUGCCCAAGAUUAGAACUACAAUUAAAAAUAUUAUUUUUGUACAACAGUAAA